UCUCGCUAGAAUUGUCUAGUUAUUUCACAAUCAUAUUUUGAAGUUCGCGCGCCUCGACGGCGGCGAGCGUCGCAGCAACAGCGACAUCGUUGUGACGUGGUUCGGACCAUGACGCGACGGACGAAUCAGAGUGUAGUCGGUUCUCGAGCUUCUCCGUCGGAGGUUGUUACUGAGACCGUCUGCUUCGACUUCGUGAUAAACGUCCAUAUUUCAAGUGGUUCGCUGUGAUACUUUCUCCCAAAGGAGAUUGUAUCAUGUCAACGAGUACAGGAACGCGUUGUUAUGUUCCUGGCUGCAUGAAUUCGUCCGCGGCCAACCCGGAACUAACGUUUCACCGACCGAGGGACAAUGACACAAAACGAAAAUGGGAGGCGGCCAUCGCCAGCAGAUAUCCUGCUAUGGAGAAAGAACGUCGUGUUCCGCACAUAUGUUCUUCACAUUUCUCUGACGAAGCUUAUCUGGAGACAGACAUCAUGCAGGUUCGCCUCGGGUUCGCUCCAAAACGAAAGCGGCUAAAACCUGACGCUAUGCCUACGUUGUUCCCGGAACAAGUGGAAAGCCUUGACAUGCCCAGUGACGAGAUUCAGUCAGGCAGCGUGAUGGAGUCUGCUUCAUUUGAAGCAGAAGAGCCAUCUACAAGUGGCACCGCAUGUCCUGUCUCACAGCAGAUGGCACCAAUAAUAAUACCACAUGAUGAACCAGGAGGAGUGCCGUCUACGAGUGGUACCAGUGCAUGUUCUCUUUCACAGCACAUGGCACCAACGACAUUACCAGAAGGUGUACUCAUCCUGGAUGGACUACCCCUCAACCCUUUGAUUCCAUACCAGACAGUCAGCCAAUAUGGCUUCCUGUACACCUUGGUGCCAUAUGUGCCUCUAAUUGAAAGUAGAAAAAUGGGGCACAAGAACACUCAGACUGCUGUUCCAACUGCCACACUUGGAACUCAAACCCGAAUCCUUAUGCCAAGCAAGGCAAGUCAAACGAACUUGACCCUUCCACCUGGCAGUAGCCUCUCCUUCACGUCAUCUGAAAUGACGGAAUGCCCAGAAGACAGCGUGGGUGAAAGUGCAGUGCUUUCCACAGCAGAGGUUUUUUUGCAUGAUGUGGGCACCUCACAACUCUUUGAUGCCUCACUUGAAAUGUCUCAUGACAAGGACCGGAGCUCCACUCCAGUACCUGAGCAGUUGGAUACGACAGUUGGAUCCUCCAGCCAACCUGACCCUAUGGAUGCGACGUUUCACCUGUCCACAGCAACGGAGAGCUCGGAUACUGAAGAUGAUGAAUACGAGAAGCAGCAGCAGCCUGGGCACUCAAAAUCUCGCAGUCGUCAAACAGUAAAUCCGGAGGAGCGGUUCUUCCUAGUCGCUGAGUCCAGCCUGCAAGAACUGUUGUGUGUCUGCCCCUUCUGCAUGAGUGAUGAAGCUCGUGUUGACACUACAACAAGGGGAACAUCUGUAAAGUCUACAACUGUUUGCAGCUGUGGCAAAGAGCGUACUUGGCACAGCCAACCAUGGGUGAAGGACAGGCCACUUGGCAACAUCCUGCUAUGUUCUGCCAUUCUGUUUUCCGGGGUCAACAUCAGAAAAGCAUUUCGAAUGCUUGAUAUGAUGAAGGUGGCCACCCUAACGAAGUCACAGUACUUCAGGACGCAGAAGCAGCACCUUUUCCCUGCUGUGAAUGACGUCUACAUGAGUAAGCAGGCUGAUAUCCUGGACCAGCUUCGUCCAGUGCCCCUGGUCCUUGCCGGAGACGGCAGGUGUGACUCACCUGGCCACACAGCACUCUAUGGUACAUACACUCUUCUGGAGACAGCUGUCAACCGCAUUAUCCACUUCGAAUUGGUGAAGUCAACCGAGGUCUCCAGCAGCAAUGCCAUGGAAGCGUACGGCCUUCAGAAAUGCCUAGCAUUCCUCGAGGUCCAAGACAUGGUUGUGGACAGUUUAGUCACUGACCGCCAUUCUGGGAUCAAGGCCAUGCUGAGGGAGUCCUGCCCACAUAUUAAACACCGAUUUGAUGUGUGGCACGUCGUGAAGGGUAUCAAGAAGAAGCUCAUAGCCCUGAGCCGCUCCACAAAGCACAAUGUUGUAAAACUGUGGAUUGAGAGCCUGACCAGGCAUGCCUAUUGGUGUCCGAAAACGAGUGGGGAUGAUGGGGAAUUGUGCAUCGCAAAGUGGGUGUCGGCACUUAACCAUAUUGUCGACAUUCAUGAGCAUGACGACCCCCUGUACCCAGUUUGCUACCAUGGUCCGCUUUCGGAACCACGACAGUGGCUCAAAGAAGAUACAGAGACCUACAGACGAGUGAGGGAUAUCCUGAUGGCACCUAUGCUCCUGAGGGACGUCCCAAUGCUCUCCUCGCACGGGCAAACUUACGGACUAGAGGCUUUCCACAGUGUCCUCAUCCAUUUCCUGCCAAAGUCCUAUUCAUUUUCGGACGAGGGGAUGGUCGCCAGGACACAGCUGGCUAUCCUCCACUACAAUGAAAAUGCGGACCGCGCGCAGUUGGAGAGGGAAGGUACGAAACAGUACCGCUUGAAGCCAUCCAAGCUCAAGAAAACGUGGGUACCCGUACCUCUAAAGGAAGAUGCUACGUAUGACUAUACAUCAAUCCUCACUGGCGAGGUGUUGUCUCGCGUAGAAAAACACCUAAAGGAGCCUGUUUCUGUGGAAAUUGGACCACCACGUGCAGCAACAUAUGGUGAAAGACCAGCUUUGGCACAAGCUGUGGAAAAGCACCAGGCCAGGUUCCAGAAGUGAGGGUUGUGACCACCUCACACGCUGACACUUCAGACCCCUCAGAAACCGUGACAAAGAAGAAGAACAAAAAAAAGGCCCUUUUCAGGGCCACCCAAUGCUUUACACAGAGACAAGCGUUGCUUUUUGAUAAACCCAUUCUGCAUGCUAAUAUAUGAAACCAGUUUUACAUAUUCAUACAACUAAAGUAUUGUGGCACUACCUAUGGACUGUUUAGAAGUAAAGGUGUUGAAAAAAUAGCAGUAUCGAACUAAUUUAAAUCUGUUUUUAUUUAUUUAUUUUUUUUCAGAAGAAGUCUUGGAGAACCUGCAACAAUGCUGAAGUCAUGAGAGCUCUGGAACAUUCACCAACAGUGGUGGCACCCAACAGGAGGUCUCAGCUACGCCGCUUUCCUGGCUUGUAUUUUAUGUACAAAGUACAUUCCCUAACCUAGGGAGUGAGAUUCGUUCAUUUCACUCUGCAUGGCAAAAUAAGUGUCUUUCAACAGCUUUGUGCGGUAUUGGGGAAGGAUUGCUAGAGGGGAUGUAGUAAGAUGUGGUUGUAUCCCGAGUGCCCUUCCUUGAUCUUUUACACCCGGUGAUAACACAAUAGCCAACAGAAUUGGGCAUAAAAUAUUGCUACAGUGUUCUAUCUUUGCCACCAAAUAAUCCCAACACGUAUCUACAGAUUCCGACAAAAGUUACAACAGAACACAGGGUUGGCAUGUAUCUCUUCUUAGGAGUGCCACCUUAGCCACAAAAUUCAUCCGUAGCUGACACACUGACAGGUGGGCACCUUGUUAGCCUAGACACAUAUUUGUAAUUGCAUCCACACCAGUUCGCUGAUACGGUGUCACUCCUGUGAGGAAGUUACGUCAACCCUGUGUUCUGUAAGCUUUUGAAGGAAUCUGUACAUACUUAUAUGAGGUGGCAUAACUGUGCCAGCUAUUUUGUCUUCCUACUGUGCACACUGACAUGUGGGAAGCAUCACAGUGGUCUUGAAGGUAGUUCUGUUCAUAGCUGUCGAAGAAGGGUCAUAUGCAUGAAAGAGGUAAGGUAAUGAUAGGAAUAAGACUCAUAAUGUACCAUGUUCACUUUUUCCCCCCAAGUUUUAUCCAGGGCACAUCAGCACUGUAUUAUGUCAAGCCUACAAUUUCAUAAAAACCUUUUAGGUACACAGGCAUAAUAACUGUUGUGUAAUAUGAAUUAUUUUUCAUUCCAAUACAUGGUUUGUGUGAAUUGUCUAUCUGUAAUAAAUGAAAUUCUAGAACCAGUCCAUGAUUCAUUGUAAUCAAAUAAUUGCAUGGUACUAUAAAAGGUAAUAAAAACUGCACCAAAAACACCACAUCUGGCUGUUCUUACCCACGCACUCG